AUGAGGGACAAAGUCCACACAAUACUCCGAGAGGUCUUUGUUCAUGUUGCAACUCCAAUCGAAGGUCCAGGCAAGAGAGACUUUGGCGAUAUUGACAUCCUUGUUGCAACCGAAAAGCAGCCAGUCGAGACCAAUGAUGGUACUCGAGGGUCAUCGCCCAAACAGCUUCUAGCUACCAUUCAACAAGCCUUGCAAGCGGAGAGGGCUAUCUUCAACGGUGCAGAAGCUUCUGUCAACCUGACCAUUCCCUGGCCAGCCGAGAUUGCCUCUACUAUAGAUGGCGCCGCCGAAACAACUCAGGCCAUUGGCGAUGAGAGCCUGCUCGACGUCGACAGCUUACAACCCCGCUUCAUUCAAGUCGAUGUCCGCAUCUGUGCUUCUACAGGGCAAAUGCUGUGGAUUCUCUUCAAGCAUGCACACGGCGACUUUUGGAGUAUCAUGGGUAGUACGAUUCGACCCUUUGGCCUGACUGCAGACGAAAUCGGCCUCUACAUUCGCAUUCCUGAGAUCGAGGACAACAACCGCAAGCUGGCCAAGGUCUUCCUAACGGAUGAGCCAAAGGAGGUCUUACGGUUCCUGGGCCUCGAAAUUGACAGCUAUUGGGAUAAGCCAUUUGCUACCGCUGAUGAUCUUUACGAAUACGCUGCGAGCUCCAAAUUUUUCUGGAUCGACCCCGAGGUCAAGGACGGUGAGCAUGGGGAUGGAGUGCAUGAAAAUGGCCCAGGGACUACGAGGCUCACAGUGGUUAUAGGGCAAGGAACGGUUGAGGACGCCAAGAUGCAGCUCAAGUCCAACGACAGACGACGAAUGAACCAGCGACCUGUGUUUCGAGGAUGGAUUGAGGAAUUUAUCCCGCAGUGCCGUGAAAAGGGACGAUUCCUGCCCUCCGAUCCGGAGAUGACUAGGGAGCGAGUGCGUGUACACGUCCGCGGCGACGCCUUCGCAUGCUUCCCGGGAGUUGAGGAGGAAUAUAUGAACCGGUUGACAGUGUGGAUGGAGGAGAAGUCCAAGAACAACGCAAUAUCGAUCAUCAAGGACACUGUUCCGCAUGAUCUCGACCCUCAGAGGCGUGGCAAUUUGAUUACAGCACUCAAAAAAAUCAUCCUCAUGGAUGACGAAAGCUUUGGCAUCCUUCCCGAACGACCGUUGAAGACUCCUGGUGGUAUGUAUCUCAUUGAAGAUAUCCGCAACUGGAUUACCGAGAACUGGCAGGGGGUUUAUGAGAUAGCCUGGCAGAAGCAGAUCGAGCGGGCUCGGGAAGGAAUGGCCCUAAAACAAGCGAAAAAAGAGAAGGCCGACAAGGGCGAAGUAUGA